GUAUGCAAUGUCUUCACCCUGACGGCCCGGAUCAGCUGACAGCCGCGACGUUCAAUGACCCUGAGAACUCGCAUUUCUUCGCAUAUUUGCUGUUUUACGUUUCAUUGGAUAAAAAAAGAGAAAAUGCCCUCCCUGUGGGACACUCUGCUAAGCGCCGCCUAUGAGUGGAAUUUGUGUAGAUUCAUGUUUGUGUUUUAUAUCGUGGUUAUUAGCCUGGGUGGAACGGGGGUGAAUUUCGUGGCGGCUGUGGUUCCUCUGCCGGAUUUUUUCCUGCAGGCUUUCAAGUUCGGCAAAAUGGCACACGGGAGGGCUAAUUGGUUCAUUUCCCUCUUUGAAAUCCCUAAGAGAUGGUUCUAUCACUUCUAUGUUGUUGCAAGUGUGGCGGUGACUGCAGCUCUAGUGCAAAUGGGACUUUUAUAUAUACAAGGAAGUGCCUUACCCACUUGGGAAAAAUCACUGUUUGAUGUACUUACAUCCCCAGAGAGAAAACCAGCAGUCACCAACACAUCUGCAGCAAUAGGACUGGUCUUACUAGCUCUCCAGAUAUAUCGGCGACUGUAUGAGAACCUCUUUGUUAGUAUUUUCAGCUCGGGCCACAUCAAUAUUCUCCAUUACAUUGUUGGUCAUACACAUUAUCUUGGUGCUGUGACUUUACUCUUGGCCGAGGCACCUGGCUUUGAUGGCCAAAGGUUUGAUGCUACAUUUACCAGUGUGGAGAUGCAUCAUGUUCUGGGUUGUAUAUUGAGUCUGGCUGGAUAUGUUCUUCAGUUCUCCAGUCUUAGUAUAUUGGCUUCAUUGAGAAAGAAUUCAGGAAAGGCUGCCAUAGAGAAGCACAUGAUGCCGAGAGGUGGUAUGUUUGAUCUGCUGUCUUGCCCACACAUGUUUGCAGAGGUCCUUGUAUAUGUAGGAAUCAUGUUUGUUCUGUGGAACCAUACAGAGUGGCUUUUUGUCACAACUUGGGUCAUUUGUAAUCAGGUCCAGGUUGCAGUGAUGAAUCACAGCUGGUAUCGGGAAACUUUUAAGGACUAUCCUCUAAAGAGAAAAGCUAUCUUUCCCUUUCUUUUGUGAGGGUCUGAAGUUUUAAAUAAUGAAGUAUGUGUGGGACAAAAAUGUAUAGUUUUUAUGUUAUAAUAUUUUUUAUAAUGUUAAUCUUAGUGAAGAGGUAUUUUAAUAUGAACAGUGUAACUGUUUUGUUAUGAGUGUUUUGUAGAGAUUUAUACAAAAAGGAGCAAAGAACAGUAAUAAGUAUCUUUAAUUUCUAAUUGCUCAUAUAGGAAAUAGAGCCUAGCUUUAUUGUAACCAGAUUAUUUAAAUUAUGGUUUCUGACAUAAAUAAUUGUGGCUGACAUUAACAUUUAAAAAUGUUAAUUUAGUGCACAUCAUUUUCAUGGUACCAAAUAUUACUUUAGAAAUAAUAGAUAGAAACACAAAGUCCCUGACAAUAAUUUAGGCAGAUUGUGUUUGCCUUUUGCUUUUCGUGUUAUUUUAGGGGUGACACUCAAGCUCAAAAAAUACAAAUAAAGUUGUUAUCUUUACAAUGUG